UGCCAAUCACUCACAAAGUACCAACAACUAACAUACGGCCUCCCCUCCGCCUCCGCCGGCCGGCAUGAUGGCGUCCGGCGGCGAGCCCCCGGCUACGAAGGUCGUCCUCCUUCUCGUCCCCCACAUGGACGCGUCCUUCCACGCCGCGCUGCGCGGGCGCUUCCGCGUCCUCGACUUCUUCGCCUCCUCCGAGCGCUCGCCGCUCCCGGCCUUCCUCGCCGCCGCAGCGGCCGCUCCGGAGCCUCCUCGUGCCGCCAUCGUCGUGGGGGCGGGGCUGAUCCCCGUGGACGCCGCGUUCCUCGACGCCGUCCCGUCCCUCCGCUGCGUCACGUGCCUGGCGGCGGGCGUUGACUUCAUCGACCUGGACGAGUGCGCGCGCCGCGGCGUCGUUGUCGCCAACUCCGGCAGGGUGUUCUCCGCCGACGUCGCCGACCACGCCGUCGGCCUGCUCAUCGACGUGCUCCGUCGCGUGUCGGCCGCCGAGCGGUUCGUCCGCCGCGGCCUCUGGCGCGUGCAGGGGGACGGCUACCCGCUCGGCUCCAAGAUCGGUGGCCGGCGUGUCGGCAUCGUCGGCUUGGGGAACAUCGGCUCACAAAUCGCGAAGAGACUCCAAGCUCUCGGCUGCACCGUCUUCUACAACUCGAGAACGCGCAAGGAUUCCGUCCCUUACAGAUACUUCACCAGCGUUCACGACCUCGCGGCGGAAUCCGACGUGCUCGUCGUCGCGUGCGCGCUGAACAAGGCGACGCGGCACAUCGUCGGCAAGGACGUUCUGGAGGCGCUAGGAAAAGACGGGGUCAUCGUGAACAUCAGCCGCGGCGCGAACGUCGACCAGGCGGAGCUGGUCAGGGCGCUGCAGGAGGGUAGGAUCGCCGGCGCCGGCCUCGAUGUCUUCGAGAACGAGCCCGGAGCGCCCGGCGAGCUCUUUUCCAUGGACAAUGUCGUGAUGACACCUCAUGUGGCUGUUUUCACGGCGGAAUCCAUGUCCGACCUCCGAGACCACACCAUUGCUAACCUUGAAGCCUUCUUCUCCGGUGAGCCGUUGCUUACGCCGGUGCUUCCCCACUCACCGGUAAUGUAGCAAGUCAUGGUGUUUCGCUGCCAUUUACAUUACGUGAUUGAAACUGAAGCCAGCGGAUUUUUUAGCUCUGUUUUGUAACUUGGCACUGUUUAAACUUCUCAUAAUGGAUUUGUGGUCUCUGGAUUGUUGCUUAGCUUGGACACCAUGAAAAGUCCAUCACUGCAACAUAAACAAGCAACCUGCAACAUCUGAACUCUGUUUUCAGCAACACUGUAACAUCAGUAAGACAGUAAUCUGCAUCUGUUUCUGAA